UUACACAUCCACCAUCACCUCCACCUCCUCCUCCUCAUUGAUUAUCAUGUUAUAGUCACCAAGUUUCACUCUGUUUCCCCUCUCCAAAUACAACCAACCGGACAAGUAUUUCUGUUGAAUGAAAGAUGCCUUAUCAAAGACUAUGAACAACGACCUCAAAUUUGUGAGCUUUUACUUCACCCUUUUAUUAAGCAAGUUGAUUGUAAACAUGAUGAGUUGGCAAUGGAAUUGAAAAACUUAAUGUUGAAAGUUCGUGGCUGUGGUUAUCCUAAACGUAUCCCUGAGGUUACAACUAAACAUGGUAAAUUAAAGGUUGACCGUCGAUCUGAACCACUGGCCAUUGUCCACGAUGAUCUUGCCUCAUUGGAAAAUUUAAACCAAGAAAUUGUAAUAAAUCACCUGUUCGAAAGGUUCAAAGAAGGUCAAAUAUAUACCUACAUUGGUGAUAUACUUGUAGCCGUAAAUCCGUUCCGACCAUUGGGAAUUUAUGAUGAAAAGCAUUCAUUAAUGUAUCGUAAUAAGGCCAAGAACGAGAAUCCACCUCAUGUCUAUGCAUUAGCCGAUUCUGCUUAUCAUCAAAUGUUACAUCAUCGUCGUAAUCAGUGUAUUGUUAUUUCAGGUGAAAGUGGAGCGGGUAAAACGGAAUCAGCAAACUUUUUAUUGAAACAUUUAGUGUUUCUGGGUAAAGCACUUAAUCGUAACCUUGAAGAUAAAAUUCUUGAAAUUAACCGAAUCAUGGAAGCAUUUGGAAAUGCAAAGACAGGAAUCAAUGACAAUUCAAGUCGAUUUGGUAAAUUUUUAGAUGUUACAUUUACCAAAACUGGUAAAGUUACCGGUGCCAAAUUAUAUGUUUACCUGUUGGAACGAUCAAGAGUAGUUUGGCAACAGAAUGGUGAACGUAAUUAUCAUAUUUUUUAUUAUAUGUACGAUGGUUUAGCUGAAGAGGGUCGAAUCAGUGAUUACUUUCUUCAUGUUCACACCGAUUGUCGAUCUCAUCGUUUCCUUGGUGGUAAUCAACAUGAUCCCGAAAGUAUAGUAAAAAAUGUGACCGCAUUUCGAGCGGUCAAACAAAGUUUUCAACUUCUUGGAUUUCGUUCAAAGGACACUGAUUCAAUUAUUGCCAUUUUAGCGGCCAUACUUCACUUGGGUGACAUUAGAUUUGAAGAAGCUGAAGAGACUCACAAUUCAAAUAAAUGUAAAUUGACCAAUCCAAGUAUCAUUCCAAUUGUGGGUCAGCUUUUACGUAUUGAUGCCAACAGCCUGGUGGCCGCUUUAACCCGUAACACUGUUGUUACUCGUGGUGAGAGUAUAAUUAAAAACCAUUCCGUUCAAGAGGCUGAAACAACUAGAGAUGCCAUGGCCAAAGCGAUUUAUGGUCGACUUUUUGAUUGGAUAGUUAAUCAAAUUAAUCGUCUUCUUGCACCAGGCCGAAUGGUCUAUGGUGAACCUUUGGCUGUCGGUUUAUUGGACAUUUUUGGAUUCGAAAACUUUAGAACCAAUUCUUUUGAACAACUUUGUAUUAACAUCGCCAAUGAGCAAAUGCAAUAUUAUUUCAAUCAACACAUUUUCCGUUGGGAGCAACAAGAAUAUAUUUCAGAAGGAAUCAACGUUGAACUUAUUGAAUUCAACGAUAAUAAGCCCGUUUUGGACAUGUUUCUUGGUCGUCCUCUUGGAAUGCUGGUUCUACUUGAUGAAGAGACACAUUUUCCGAAUGCUACUGAUGCCUCGUUAAUCGAGAAAUUUCAUUCCAAUAUAAAAAGUUCCUUCUACUUGAAACCUAAGUCAAAUGCACUACAAUUUACUGUCAUGCAUUACGCUGGAAAGGUAACUUAUGAGGCAAGAAAUUUCUUGGAAAAAAAUCGUAAUUAUGUGCCACUAGAGGUUAUUCAAUUACUCCGCCAAUCGUCUGUGCCUAUUGUUAAGGCUCUAUUUGCCUUUCCGUUAACCAAAACAGGUCACCUUUACAUUGGAGCUGAACCCGAUUCGGGUUCAUCGAUUGAUGCUCCAACCAAAUUGGAUGGAGUUACUAGUCCAGUAACUCCAAUUGGUUUAGGUAAAAAUGGUUUCGAUCAUGAUAGAAAUGGUUUGGUUAGUCAAACACGAACCCAACAAACUGUGGCCACUUAUUUCCGUUUCUCAUUAAUGGAUUUACUUCAUAAACUGACCAAUGGUGCUCCUCAUUUUGUCCGUUGUAUUAAACCAAACGAUUCAAAACUUGCGAUGACUUUGAGCCAUGAGAAAAUCGCCGAGCAAUUGGCCUACACUGGAAUUAUGGAGACAAUUAAAAUUCGUCAGAUGGGCUUUUCUCAUCGAAUACCAUUCGCUGAGUUUCUUCGUCGAUAUAGUUUUAUUGUUUUCUCUUUUGAGGAAAAAGUGGUCGCCGAUCGGGAAACUUGUCGUUUACUAUUGAUUCGUUUAGGUCUUGAUGGUUGGGCACUUGGAAAAACAAAAGUUUUUCUCAAAUAUUAUCAUAUUGAAUACUUAUCUCGUGUCUAUGAUGAAGUUAUCCAAAAAAUUAUCAGAGUACAAGCUUUCGCCCGUCGUUGGUUAGAAAAACGAGCGGAAAAGGAGCGAUGGAAUGUCGCCCGAUCCAUAUUGAUAAUGCAAAAAUAUGCUCGCGGUUGGUUAGCACGUAAACGUAUGAUGGAAGCCAAAACAAGUCCCCGAACUCAAUAUGAUUACAACGGUGAUUACUCAAAAAGAGAGGACACUUCAUCUGUUAGUCCAACAUCAACACCGAACCAAGCGAAACGAGCUCGACCUCAUGAAGUUCAAAAUAUGAUGAUAAUCUCUUCCUCAUCUUCCUCAGUCUCAUCAUCUUCACCCUUAGUUUACCAACAACAGCAACAAAGAAAUGGACGUUGUCCAUAUUGGCAAUCGCCCGAAAAAGCGGCCAUUUUAAUCCAGAAAUGUGUAAGAGGUUAUUUAACGAGGAAAAAGGUGAAACCUCAUCUAGAUGAACAUCGUCGAGUUAUUCCUGCACCGAUUGUCCCUCCUCAUCAACGACAAGUAUUUGAAGUUGGUCGUCACCAUGGUCAUCAUCUUCAUCUUCAUCAUCAACAGCAACAUUUAUAUUACCAGCAACAGAAACAAUUGUUACAACAACAACAACAAUUAGCUGGAAAGGGAAAUCAUUUUGUUGCCGAUCGGAUGAAAAUGUAUCAAGCAUCCCCUGGAUUAAAUAAUAAUAAUAAGCAAAAUAUCAACAACAACAAUAAUAACAAUUACAAUAGUAAUCAAAUCUGGUCUAGAGAUCAAAAUAUUAAUAAUCAAAUCCACUCUUCCCGCCCUCAGUGUCUCAAUUUUAACAAUCGAGUCAAUGAUAAAUCAUCAUCCCCACCCAAACAACAACAACAACAGUACAACAACAAUGACAAGUGUUCACCUGUCCAUCAUCAUUUAAUUCAUCAAUUUCAAUCUAAACAACAAUCAACUGAUCAUAAUGAUCAAUAUCCAUCUCAUUUCCUUAUGGCAACAUCUAAACUAGGAAUUGAUUAUAAUGUACCCUACACUUUGGAUGAUCCUUGGGAUGCACCAUUAAGAAAUCUUGAGAGAAAUUUCCAUCAGCCACAGGCUCAGGUAAUCUCAGUGGGUAAAUAUUUAAGUGAAGAUUACAUGUUACAAUCAAGGUUGGAAAAUCAUGAAAAAGAAAAUUUAAUUUCCAGUAAAUGGUGGGAUUUAGUUAAACAAACAACCGGUGAUGUAUUGGGAGGAGAGAGUAAAGUUAAUGGUCAUAAUCGUAAUAAAUUGUCCAAAUCAAAUGCUAUUUGUAGUCCUGGUGAAACAACACCAACGGCCGAUAACAGGAUGGGCUUGAGUCCGUCUAAAGAUCACUCGAUCAGUUGUUCGCCAUCUUCAUCGGCAGCGGUUUCAUCGGAUAAAAUGAGACCUGGAAAUGGUAAGAAAGUUUUGGUCGAGGUGGAAAGUUGGUUCCAGCGAUGUGGCGGUGGUCAACCUUAUAACAUAUCACCAGAAACGGGGUCAGCAUCAGAUCAAGGUCCAUAUCAAUUUCGUAAAAUACUCAAACCCGCAUCAACGGGAACCAAUAAAAGCGAUGGAAGUAUGAGAAAAGCUUCAGUAUCAGAGGAAUUUCCAUUCGAUUUUCGAAAACUUCUCCGUCGAACUGAACACGCUCCGACCGAUACAUUAAAGCGAUGUAAAGGAAUCAUGUCCCCACAAUAGAAAUCGAAUUAUUAAUCAGAACCUUAAUUAAUCUAAUUAGCAUUUAGAACUAUCAAUGAGUUGAUAUUUCUCUUUCUUUUCAUUUACUCAACAAUAACCAAAGCGAAAAAAGUCCAAAGGAAAUUGUAUUUUAUUGAUAUUCCAAUCAAAAAGAAUCAAUUAGUUAAUUAUUUAUAAAUAUUUUCUUUCAAAUUGUGUCACCAAAAUGUCACCUUUAACUUGAUUUCAUUCACAAUCAACUUCAAAGUUCAAGUUCACCAUUAAUUAGACACCAAGACCACUCAACCACCUACAAUUUAAUUGUUAUUGUUUAUAAAUCAAUCAAUAGUUAAUUAAUGUUUCACUUACCCUGUAAAUUAUAAUUAUUAAAUAGUUUGACAAGUGUAA